AUGGUCAUUGAAUAUGAACUUAACAAUAAAAUCUUCAGUGUUGCAGUUGUACAAAGUGCACAAAAUCUAUUAAAGCCUGGAUUUCAAUGUACCUGCAAUACAAUUAAAUCUAAUAUUGAAUCAAAUUUAUCAGCAGCGAUUAAAGCAUGUUAUCAAAAAGUUUUUAAAACAAAAACAGAAUACUCUGGUCCAGCUAUUAUAGGUUUUAAUAUAACAAUAACAAGUAUUGGUAACCUAGAUAAAAAUAAAUUCUAUAGAGUCGGUACUGGUUUUGUUUCUUUGUUUACUAUACAUUAUUGUGACGCACAACGUCUGUUUGUACUUAAAAUUAAAAAAGAACAAUGUAAUUUAGAAAUUUAUUUAGAAUUAGAAUGUACACAUCAAUUCAUAGGACAAACUCCAGAUGAUGUUUGGAAUAAGCUUUAUAGCCCAGGUGCACCACUUCUGCAAAAGCUAAAAAGAACAGCUUCAAGGCUUACCAAUAUUCAGAAAGAACAAUUUCUGUCAUUUUUUCAAGAUAGAGAUAAUGUUAUAAUGAGUUCGUACUAUACAGAUUCAAAAGAAUCACCAAUUCUAUAUUUGCGCAAUCAAAAAAGUGAAAUAUGGAAAAAAUUUUAUAAAACUUACCCAGAUGGUAUGAAAAGAACUAGUUUUAUAGCUCGAUUAGCUGAUUCAGAAAACCUUAAAUAUCAUCAAGAUCUUGGUGGAUUAUGUAUAAUUUGUCAUGACUACGGAUAUGAUACCUUUGAUAAUUUGGAAAAUAUUAUCC